AUGAAGAAGCACCCACAAACUGCACAAACCAUGCGACUGCAAGCUUUGAUCUGGCCACUCGCCUGCUGCCUCGUGCUGCUCCUGCUUCCGUCCGGCAUCCUGUCGCAGUGCAACGAUUCCACCCAGCCGGGAUGUCUCCACCAGGCGGAGGUGGGCGUCGCCCAGCGCCAUUGUCUGGACCCCACCAAGUACUGGCUCUGCUCAGUCAUCGGUCAGCAGGCCGGGCUCAAGAAGUGCCAGCCCAACACGGGAUUCGACCAGGACCUCAACGCCUGCGUGCCCUGGAUCGCCUGGGUCUGGCAGCCAUGUCCGGAGCCGCCAAGUCGUCCUCCCGGCUGGGAACCCUGCUAA